GGGCGCCCGCCCAGGUGGGUGGGGCGGAGAGAGUACCUGAGGUCACCGGCUCGGCGUGAGAAGGAGGGGCGCCACGCUGGUGGCAGAGCUGCGGGGUCGACCCGACCCUUACCUUCAGCCCAGGAAGUAACUAAUGUGAAACAUGCUGCAGAAGCGUUCAAGAAGUGGCUGAAGGGGGAAGGAAAAAAGUGCUACUGCCUAUCAGAAAAAAAUAGAACAAAACAUGGGAAAUACAACCACCAAAUUCCGUAAGGCACUCAUCAAUGGUGAUGAAAACCUGGCCUGCCAAAUAUAUGAAAACAACCCUCAGCUAAAAGAAUCCCUUGAUCCAAAUACAUCUUACGGGGAGCCCUACCAGCACAAUACUCCAUUACAUUAUGCUGCUAGACAUGGAAUGAAUAGAAUAUUAGGGACUUUUCUUUUUGGUAGAGAUGGAAAUCCAAAUAAACGGAAUGUGCACAAUGAAACAUCUAUGCAUUUGUUGUGUAUGGGACCCCAAAUUAUGAUAUCUGAAGGAGCCCUUCAUCCUCGCUUAGCACGCCCCGCAGAAGAUGAUUUUAGAAGAGCAGAUUGUCUGCAGAUGAUUUUAAGAUGGAAAGGAGCAAAACUUGACCAAGGAGAAUAUGAGAGAGCAGCUAUUGAUGCCGUUGAUAACAAAAAGAAUACACCCCUGCACUAUGCUGCUGCCUCAGGGAUGAAAACCUGUGUAGAGCUUUUAGUAAAACAUGGAGGAGAUUUGUUUGCUGAGAAUGAGAAUAAAGAUACUCCUUGUGAUUGUGCCGAAAAGCAACACCACAAAGAUUUGGCCCUCAAUCUAGAAUCUCAAAUGGUAUUCUCACGAGAUCCUGAAGCUGAAGAAAUAGAAGCUGAAUAUGCUGCAUUAGACAAACGAGAGCCAUAUGAAGGAUUAAGACCUCAGGAUCUUCGUAGAUUGAAAGAUAUGCUCAUUGUGGAAACAGCAGACAUGCUCCAGGCUCCACUAUUUACAGCUGAAGCUUUACUUCGAGCUCAUGCUCUUAAACCAUCACCAUGUCUUCUCUGUCAGUUGAGAGAUGUCCAUCCCAUUUUUCUUAAAGACUGGGACAGGGAGAAAUUACUUGAAGCUUGGAUGUCCAACCCAGAGAACUGCUGCCAACGUUCAGGUGUUCAAAUGCCAACUCCACCACCAAGUGGUUAUAAUGCCUGGGACACGCUCCCUUCUCCAAGAACUCCAAGGACUACACGUUCUUCCGUCACCUCUCCAGAUGAAAUAAGUUUAUCUCCUGGGGAUUUGGACACCAGUUUGUGCGACAUUUGUAUGUGCAGUAUUUCUGUAUUUGAAGACCCAGUGGAUAUGCCCUGUGGACAUGACUUUUGUCGAGGAUGUUGGGAAUCGUUUUUGAAUCUGAAAAUUCAAGAAGGUGAAGCUCACAACAUUUUCUGCCCUGCAUAUGAUUGCUUCCAACUUGUGCCUGUGGAUAUCAUAGAAAGUGUAGUUUCUAAGGAGAUGGACAAACGAUACCUACAGUUUGAUAUUAAGGCCUUUGUUGAAAAUAAUCCUGCCAUUAAAUGGUGUCCUACUCCAGGCUGUGAAAGAGCAGUCAGAUUGACACAACAAGGGUCAAACACAUCUGGGACUGAUACACUCAGCUUCCCCUUGCUGAGAGCUCCUGCUGUGGACUGUGGAAAAGGACACCUCUUCUGCUGGGAGUGCCUUGGUGAAGCCCAUGAGCCUUGUGACUGCCAAACAUGGAAAAACUGGCUACAAAAAAUAACUGAAAUGAAACCAGAAGAACUUGUGGGAGUUAGUGAAGCUUAUGAGGAUGCUGCCAAUUGUCUCUGGUUGUUAACUAACUCCAAGCCUUGUGCUAACUGUAAGUCUCCAAUACAGAAGAAUGAGGGAUGCAAUCACAUGCAGUGUGCCAAGUGCAAGUAUGACUUUUGCUGGAUUUGCCUAGAAGAAUGGAAAAAACAUAGUUCUUCCACAGGAGGUUAUUACAGAUGUACCCGCUAUGAAGUCAUUCAGCAUGUGGAGGAGCAAUCCAAGGAAAUGACUGUGGAGGCUGAGAAAAAACACAAACGAUUUCAGGAACUUGACAGAUUUAUGCACUAUUACACAAGAUUUAAAAAUCAUGAGCAUAGUUAUCAGUUAGAACAACGCCUUCUUAAAACAGCCAAAGAAAAGAUGGAGCAAUUGAGUAGAGCUCUCAAAGAAACUGAAGGAGGCUGUCCAGAUACCACUUUUAUUGAAGAUGCAGUUCAUGUGCUCUUAAAAACUCGACGUAUUCUCAAGUGUUCUUACCCAUAUGGAUUUUUCUUAGAACCUAAAAGCACAAAGAAAGAAAUUUUUGAACUCAUGCAAACAGACCUAGAAAUGGUCACUGAAGACCUUGCCCAAAAAGUCAAUAGGCCUUACCUUCGCACUCCCCGCCACAAGAUCAUCAAGGCAGCCUGCCUUGUACAGCAAAAGAGGCAGGAGUUCCUGGCAUCUGUGGCUCGGGGAGUUGCUCCUGCAGACUCACCAGAAGCUCCAAGACGCAGCUUUGCUGGUGGAACGUGGGAUUGGGAAUAUUUAGGAUUUGCAUCACCUGAGGAAUAUGCUGAAUUUCAGUAUCGGAGGAGGCACAGACAACAACGCCGUCGAGGAGACGUGCACAGUCUGCUUAGUAAUCCUCCAGACCCUGAUGAGCCAAGCGAAAGCACUUUAGAUAUUCCAGAAGGUAGCGGUGGCCGCAGGCCUGGCGCCUCCGUGGUAAGUUCUGCGUCCAUGAGCGCACUGCACAGCUCCUCCCUGCGUGAUUACACCCCCGCCAGUCGCUCUGAAAACCAAGACUCUCUUCAGGCACUGAGUUCCUUGGAUGAAGAUGAUCCCAAUAUACUUCUCGCAAUACAGUUAUCUCUGCAAGAAUCUGGACUGGCCGUCGAUGAAGAAAAUAGAGACUUCCUCAGUAAUGAAGCAUCCUUAGGAGCAAUAGGCACCUCUUUACCUUCCAGGCUGGACUCUGUCCCCAGGAACACAGAUAGCCCUCGGGCUGCUUUGAGCAGCUCUGAGCUGUUGGAACUUGGUGACAGCCUCAUGAGACUAGGAGCAGAAAGCGACCCAUUUUCAACUGACACCCUGAGUUCACACCCUCUCAGUGAGGCAAGAAGUGAAUUCUAUCCCUCAUCCAGUGACCCCGACUCAGCUGACCAGGAUGCCCACCUCAGUGACAGUCUUCUUGGCAAUAUCAUGGCAUGGUUUCAUGACAUGAACCCUCAGAGCAUCGCCCUGAUCCCUCCAGCAGCUGCAGAAGUCAGUGCAGACUCCCAGCUCCCCUGUGUCAAAGAGGAGUCAGAAGGCGUGAGAGCUGUGGAACUGAUGCCUCCAGAAGAAGAUUCAGUGUUUGAAGAUGGCGUGGUCUGUGACGGUAGAAGAACCCAGAUAGAAGAAGAAAAUCCUCUGGAAGGAAAUAUUCUGGCUGGGGAAGCAGCAGCUAACACUGGCAAUGGUGGUAGUGAGGCAGCCGACAAGGAGGAUGGUUCAGAUGUUGCAAGUCAGACACCUGCAACCUCAAGUGACUGGCGUGAACAAAUACAUUUAGUGUGAACUGCACACCUCGGGGCUCUAAGUGAAUCACAGGUACAGAUGGUAUGCUAGUGGAGUAUGCUUUAUAGAGACUUGAUCCACUUAAUUCCAACUAAUUAUAAACCACUGACAUUAGGCUUAAAUAUGAAGGAGUUCCCUUAAAUGGUAGCUUCAUUUCUGAUUUUAACCUUACAGGGAAUUUCUUUUGUAUUUAAUUGGAUAGCUUUUCCCCUUUUUGCUGACAAACAGAAGAGCAGGAGAGAGAGAAAGAGAAACACAACUGAAAUAAAUAGGAUGGAUUAGAUUUCACAUUCAGAAAAUGCAGUCCUCUGUUUAGCCUAAGGUCGGCAAUAAUUCAAUUGGACGUUUAAAUUAAAGGCUUACUCUCUAAUCCUUGGUCGAUUUUUCCUUUAAAAAAAAAAAAAAGUUCUCUUCAUUUUAAAAGUUAUUUUGGACAGAUCUGGUAACUUUCGUUCCUCAAUCUCUGUGUGCUCUUUGGUAACUUCCCUCCCUUUUUGUCUGAGCAGUGUGAAUCGAGAUAUCCAAGGCUUCUCUUUAGUGCUGCAUCUACUACAGCAUAAUUAAGUUUAAUUUUCACAUGAAUCAAAUAUCUCUUUACAGUCCACUUGUGCCAAACUCUGACUCGUGCGCUAACAAGACGUUUAGUGUGCAGUGUCCUGGAGGGCUCCAGAGCAUCUCGGCCUUCUCGGAAGUAAAAGGUGCCACUUGGUAGCAAUGAUAUUCCAGAAUUUAAUGGGCUUUUGUUGCCAUGGAGACUGCAUUUAAAUAAAUGUAGCCUGUAGCUUAAGUUAACUAAACCUAAUGCUGCUGUUAAAAACAGUUUAUUUUAAUAUUAAAAUACAGUUGAUUAGCAACAGCGGUGCUGUAUUUUAAGAGACACUUUAUUGGAAGUGCAAUCAUAGUUCUUUGUUUUCACAAUUUUACAGUGCAUUCUACUUACUAAUGGGUGCAAUUACUUUUAAUGGUAAGUGUUUUAUAAAAUAGAAAAAAAGUGGAGUUUUCAUGAGUUACAGUAAAUCCCACAGUUAUUAAAAAACUCAAUAAAACAUCCUGCGCAACAUGUUACCGUGCCUUUGCCUAACCUAAAUGGAUAGUUGCCAGUUAAAUAAGUGAAUAAUUCAGAUUUCGAUGUCUCUUCUGAAGUAACUAUGCUAUAUGAAUUGCAAAGACCUCCAUAAAACCACCCAUGGCCUUGCCUUUACAGUAAAUAUAACAACUACAUGUUCAAUCGGUUUGUUUGCCUAAAUCGCAAAUGCUGAUGUGUUUUUCUAUUGCACAAUACUCAUUUGCUGUGUGAUUACUGUUUAGUGUUGGAAAAAAAAAAAUCAACUUCCUAGUUAUCAGUGUCUUACUGUGAAGAAAAUACUGGUCUUAGUUGUAAUUAAGAUACAAUGGUACAGCGUGUAAUUAAAACCUAGAGUAAACUGUUGGAAUGACUGUUUUACUUACAUAUUAUCAAAACUAGCAUAACAUAAGCAAAAUAGAUAUGCAACUCUCCACUUAAUAUUUUGCCAAAUUCUUACCAGAAAUCUACAGAUACCAAAUUUUCAGUACUGAGUUUGUACAGGCAAGUCCUGGGCUAGGUAAGGGGUUACAGUAAUUUUGAUAUCAAUAUGGAUUGUAAUUAUGUUUUUUGAUUACUUUUUUCCCCCAAAAACCCUGCUUUUGAAAUUUUCUUGUACUUUAACUUGGUCUGGCUAGGACAUUAUAUUAGAGUAUUUAAUAUUCUCUUGUUUCCUUGGGAUAAACCAUGUGAGAAUUGCUCCUGUGCCAUGGAUGUCAAAGGUCCACCUUAGUUUUUAUUUCCCCAGUGAUCAGGAACAUUGAUACCAAUCCCUAUUAAAAAUUAGUUGGGGAAAAUAUUUAUCUGCAGUGUAUUACUGUAUAUUAAACUGAAAUAGUCCAUUAAAGGAUUUUUUUACAAAUUUAUUUUGGAUUGAAAAUAUCAACACCAAUCAGUUUUUAGACCAGGUUGCAACUUUUCAGUAGAAAGAGCCUUUGUGUCACAUUGAGGCACCUUGCAAAGCUGUGAUAAGAUGAGAAAGAGUACUCUGUGAAGACAGCAUAGCCGUGGGUUCUGGUUCCUUGCACCUUGUGUAGUACCCUGUGUUUCUGUGGUGUUCUCUCCUGAGCAUGAAAAUGAUCAUUAUCCAAUUUGUAUUUCCUUGGUACAUAUUUUAAAAACACAGUCAUUGACUUUACAAUUCAGAAAUAAAGUUUGGCAAAGCCUAUUUUGUAAACAAGUUAAUUUUAUAAUGUAAAAAAAAAAUUACUCUAACCUUGACUUGUUAUUUGCACUUUCAUAGUCUAUACUUGAUACAUUCCCACUUUAUAUACAGUAGGACUCUACAAACGUGUAGAUGUUUGGCCAAAUGAAUGCUGUUAAUAAUAUGUAAAAUUCUUUGAUUAAACAUUUAUUACUUAAACUA